AUGUUUGCUGUUAUUUUCCUCGUUUGCAGUGUUCGCACAAUAGCUGACUCAAAGACACUUGAGAAUCAUUUGAAACUGGUGAGUUGUUUUGUAAUAUUACAUUUUGUUUAAUAUCUUUCAAUUCUCUUGGUAUUUAAUCUGAGGCCUGAUACAAACAGAGUGAAUGAUCAUUUUGAAUACCAGCUUGCUGUGUCGCCCUGCGCGGCCGGUUCGAUUUAUACACUUUGACUACUUCUGUUGGGCUUUUCCUGUGUCCUGAGUAUAUCUACGUUGUACAUGUGAUUAUUAAAAGAACUCUUUUUACCCUAAAAUUGCACAGUGGAACAAUCUCCCACCAGAAAUUAUAGCAUCUACUUGGCCAUGUUCAUUUGGGCAAUCGCUGGGUAAUCUGACUUUAUACAUAUUGAUUAGCAAUUUUGUGUUAUGGUUUUUUCAUUAUUGUAAUUUUUUAAAGCAGUCUGUUAAGAGUGAAGACUAGACUACUAGUAGUUUUAGUAGUCUUCAGUUUUUCCUCAGGGAUCUGCGUCUCACCUUUCUCGCGUGAGGUGAUUUUCACGCGCGCUCGCGUUUCGCUCGCUCUACUAUACCUGAAGUAAAAUGGGGACUACAGUCGACUCCCGAUUACUCGAACCUUCAAGGGAAAUCGAAAAAAGGUUCUAGUUAUCGGGAGUUCGAAGGAAAUAGCCGAGAGUAAGGUAAAAAACAGUUUUUACUUCACAGUGAACAUUUUAGUCACAUUUAAUUGUAGAAAUGUCAAGUGAAAAUUAAAAGAUACUUCUAGAUUAUAAAUCAGAACGUAACGUAACAAAAGAUAGUCUAAAUAGAGCAUGCGUUUUACUAUUUUGAAAGAAAAGCUGCUUCACGUUAGCCUGUGGCAAUGAACAUCAGCUUCCACUAGUAAACUAUACUCCUACAACACGUCAAUAGGAAAUCCAAAACUCAACGUUUCGGACGCCAGUAUACGGCUUUUUCCGGACUUUUUAAGGGCUCAAAACAUGGUUCGAGUUAUCGAGGGUUAAAUUAUAUAGAAAAUGACCUGAGGGGAAACGAAAAUUGGUUUGAGUUAGCGGGAGUUCGAGUUAUCGACGGUUCGAGUUACCGAGGGUAAAAUUACAGUGAAUGUAUGACGGAAAUCCAGGGGAAAUCGAUUUUGGUUCGAGUUAGUGCGAGGUUCGAGUUAGCGAGGGUUCCAGUUAUCGGGAGUCGACUGUACUUGUAGUCUUAGUGAAGACUUAAUUAGUAAAUAAACAAAGAAAGAAAUGUCUGCUCACAAUCCGUGCAUUUCGCUCAGAUGAGCUAAAAAUUCUUAUCAUCUGCUUCUCACCGUGCAUCUAUUGGAUAUAUGUUACAUGUAAUCUUCAAGCAAACGGACACCAACAAGGUUGGGAGUUGUUGUGUCCAUGUUGGUGAUGGUGUGCAAAUGAAUACAACAACUCCUAACAAAAGACAAAAACAUGCAGCAGGGUGUACCAAUGCACACAACAUGUAACAUCCAACGAUGUCGGGAGUUGUUGGCCAACAAUGUUCAUUGUUCAGCAUCCGUUUGCAUGGGGCUUUAUGGUUCAAUUUUAUUGUUGGUUUAAAUUAUAUUUUCCUUUGUUUCAAACUCAUUAACAUACAUCACCAAAGUUGUAUUUGUUUUAAUUUAAGAUAUAUAUAUAUAUAUAUAUAUAUAUAUAAGCAGCCACUUUAUUCAAGAUUAUUCAAAGCAUAAUAACUAAAAGAAGGAAUAACCUAUAGAUGGUUUUCAUAGUGACGUCAUCAAAUUGUAAAGUCAAAAUAGCGAGGUUUUACAAAUUCUUGUUUACACUAGGUUGAAGAUAGACAAAAAAUAAAUCUUUAUACAAGUUUCCAUUCCCGUAGCAUGUUAAUUCAUUUUGAAAAUACAGCAACUUGAACUUCCGACUUUUAACAGUGCGUGACACCAAAAUAGGAAUGCUGUCUCGUAUAAAAAAGGUCUCUCCUCUUGAUUUUCCCCAGUAUAACCAUUUGAAGUAUUAGAGGACAUGUUUAUGGGCACAUAUGUUAGUUCUCAAGUGAAAAGAAAGAGCUUUUAAAGAAAAAGUGAACUCCAGAUGUUUUUGUUGAUUUCCGGCGGCCAUAUUGGUGCACCAAAACGGUGCACCAAUAUGGCAUCUCCAUACAAAGCUCUACAAAGGUGCAUGAGACAUUUCGGCAAAUAACUCAGAACCUGUGGGCCACAAAGACCUGAGACUUGGACAAAUUGUUGAAAAAUAAGUCUUUUAUAACAUUUCAUUUUCUUGGCUUCUUACACUGGACGGUUUCCGAUUUAUUUUUUUGUUGUUUGACAGUGAAUCUAUAGCAAGCUAAAAUGGUAUUUAAAAUGGCGUAAAAAGAGCUAGUACAGAACUAUCGCAAAAAACCUGUCAAACAACCUCGAUCUACCUCUUUGUUCCGCGAGAACUAUUUACCUGUCAGCCAUAUAUGCUAAAUCUCAAUUCAUGAUCUUUGCCAGCGCCGUUUAAUUUAUUGAGUAAUCAAAUAGACAAUAUUUAGUCUGGGAAAAGGCUCCGCAAUGGGGAAAAAGGAAAAAAACUGGGUGAAACAAAAAAAAUUCGGUGAGCUAAGCGAGCCGAGCAGUGGACUGGGGAGGGGGAAAGGGUGGUGGAGCUUCUGUUACCCUUACCCUUUUCCUGACUCCCACUCAGUUUGCUUUGCUCACCGAUUUUUUUUUCUUUUUUGUCUUUUUACCCCACUGUGGAGCCUGGUCCCAGGCUAGACAAUUUAAACCAAAUCCAUCAACUACAGUAUCACUUUUCACAAAUAUAUAAACAGGGGCAUAGUAUGAGAUUUGGAAGGUGUAAAAGGUAAGGAAUUAAGGAAUUGGACCUCUGGUCAAGCCUCCCCAUAUAGAACUUCUUUGAUGCUCCCCCCCUGCCCCUCCACCCCAGAAUCCUGUCUCACCUGGAGUAUGCAUCUCUUCUCUGUUUUUGCACAAUCAUCUCUGCACCUAUCAAAGCUAAAAAGUGUAGGUUAAGCAUUGAUGGAAAAAAUAAAGAUUAUCAAUUUGCUCAUAACGAAUCCUUUCAUUUUAAUUGAAUAUACUACUGAUUAUCAGUCAUAAUCGAUUGACAACUCUGAAAGGUUAUGUGCAACUCCAUCGACCUCCCUCUUUCUGGAACAGGGGCAAAUAGAGGGACAAUAGCGGCAUGUACACACUUAUGAUAAGAAAUCUGAUGAUGUCGCAAAUGAUACAAGGGAUGUGGAUUGUGGGUGGUUCAGUCUUGUAUGGCUCCCUGCCACCCAUUUAGAGUUGCACUCCUGAUCCCAGUUGUUUGAAGACUGAUUAGCGCUAACCCAGGGUUAAAUUUUAAUCCGGAUUUCUUUUUCUUUUCUUCAAAAGCACUUUUGCGGAUAGUUUUCUCUAUUAAGUAGACAAGAGGAAUAAAACUGAAUUUGCAUCUUCUUUAAGCUUUCAUAUAUAAAAUCAAAGUUUGCACUUACCUUAACUUUGAACAACCCAGCCAGGACAUGUAGCCACAAUUGUGUUGCACAUUACAGUCAAUUUGGUAUUUUGGAUGGUGGGUCGAAGAUGAAAGUUUGACUCCAGUGUAUUAUUUUAUUUCAAAUUCAAUAUUUUCCUGUCUAAUAUUUACUUUCAGUUGACCAAAAAUUUUAAGGAAUGUGCACUGAUGAGCUAAAGAGAUUUUCUUGUUUUCAGAUCAUGACAGAUUUGAAAGUUAUUGGUGCGGGACUGGGUCGUACGGGAACUAAAUCCCUAAAGCAAGCACUUGUUCUCUUAGGAUUUGGACCUUGCCAUCAUAUGUCAGAAGUACUCCCUGAUAAAGAGCAUUUAUGGCCAAUGUGGAAAGAGAUAUUCAGCAGCAGUGAGGACAAGAGUGAAAAACUGAAAGAAGCCUUCAAGGGUUAUGUGGCUACUACGGAUUACCCUGGCUGUUUAUUUUACAAAGAGUUCCUUCAGUGGAAUCCCGAUGCUAAAGUGAUCCUUACUGUGCGAGAUAAUCCUGACCAGUGGAUUGAAUCUGUACAAGCAACUAUUUUUAGGUUCAAAUUUGAUGACAAUUUUGCUCGGCAGGAAUUAAGAAAAUCCUUUUUCGCUUUUCUGGCAAAAGUUCAUGGUGCUGAUCCAAGAGAACAAGAAACUGAUCUGAGGAAGUUGUAUUUGGAUUGGAAUGAAGAGCUGAAAAGAAGUAUCAAGAAAGAAAAUUUGUUAGUUUUUAAUGUUAAAGAGGGUUGGGGUCCUCUAUGUAAGUUUUUAGGUGUUCCAGAGCCCGAGCAGCCAUUUCCUAAUUUGAAUUCCAAGGAGUCUUUCCAAAAAAAAUAUGCUGAGGUGCUUUUGGCAAAAAAAGAUUGAGCUUAAUUUCUGGGUCACAAAUAACAGUUUUCUACCAAACAUCCAUGAUCUGUAAGCUUGGGAAUCAUUGACAUCAUUAUCAUUAAUUUUUAUUUGAUAAGGUAAGUUAUAUAAUUAAACCCUGGUGAUCAGUUUGACAGUCCAAACCCAGGGGAGGGGGUAGUUCCUUAUUUGGGCUAAACAGGUAUGUGUCCACAUACAAGUUCUCCAAACUGAUCUCCAUAUAUUUCCUUAAAGAAUGAGUUGAGAAUUUCACUGUUUAGAAUCGUACUCAAAUGUGCUCCAUCAACGGAUCGCUCUCUCAAAGCUGUUUAAUAAGUUGUGGUGUACCCCAGGGGACGAUUUUAGGUCCAUUAUUAUUUCUGUUAUACAUCAACGAUCUUCCAAACUGUCUUUCAAACUGUGAGCCGAGGAUGUACGCUGAUGACACCCACCUUACGUACGCAGGUGAUAAUGCAGACAAUAUUCAGUUGCAUCUAAAUCAAGAUUUAGAAAAUGUUCACAAUUGGCUGAGAGCAAACAAACUUACUCUAAAUAUGACUAAAACCGAAUUUAUGCUUAUCGGAUCUAGGCAGAGGCUAAGUACUCUCACAGAGUCCCCGACAUUUGCAAUUAAUGAUUUUGAAGUUAGCCAGGUCACUACUGCAAAAUCACUUGAGUGACCAUCGAUGACAGACUUGAUUGGAGUGGCCAUAUCGAGAAAGUAACAAAGAAAGUCGCUUCUGGUAUUGGGGCCAUAAAACGAACAAGGCACCUUGUCCCUCAGGCGACCUUACAACUAAUAUAUCAAGCUUUAAUACAGCCACACUUUGAUUAUUGCAACAUUGUUUGGGGAAACUGUGGGAUAACCUUACGGAAUAAGGUUCAAAAGCUACAAAACAGAGCAGCCCGUGUUUUGACCUACUCAAGCUAUGACGUAGAUGCUGGUCACCUUUUCAAACUUCUAGGGUGGAAAAACCUAGCUUGCCAGCAACAAUUUCAAAGAGCUACGAUGGUUUACAGGUCUCUGCACGGGUUGGCUCCAAACUAUCUUAGUUCUAAAUUUGAAAGGCGAGAAGUCGCAUAUAACCUAAGGGACUCUGAAAAUAAACUCAAUAUUCCAUUACCGCGCACAAACUAUUACAAAAACAGCUUCAGCUAUAGUGGCGCCAUUCUCUGGAACAGUCUUCCUUGUAACUUAAGGGAAGCAGAGUCCCUUGGGCAAUUUAAACGAUUACUCAAAGAACUGUAAGGCACGGCAUUCGUGGAAAGCAGCUUUUUUAUUUAAAUAUUUUUAUUAUAUUAGUAUUAGGCAUUUUUAAAGCUGACGAAUUUUGUACCGUGAAUAAAUAAAGAUUAUCUAUCUAUCUAUAAAAGAUCAAGGCAUUUUUUCUUGGGUGAUCACUUUAUUAAUUGUCAUAACUUAUCUGUUGACAGUGUAUGGAUAUUGUUAGGAGAAAACUGAUCUUGGUCACUAUUGGAACUUAAAGGGUUAACAUGGUAUGGUUUUCGGGGUCUUGUGUCUUAAACAGGUUAUGCAAUUUCACUGUUUAGAGUGUUUAGUUGUCCUCAGGACCAAAAGCCUUUAACAAAUGAGUGGUCUACAAGUGUGUUACCCACAAUUUGUUUCCAAAAAAUUAUGUCCAUGGUGUUAGUUUAAAAUAUAACUUAAUUCUGUAAGCAAAAAGAAAUCCAAGGUCAUGAAAUAAGCUCUCUUGUUUUUAACAGGGCCAGAAAUUAAAUGAUUUUUGUUUUAAACAGGGUCAAGGAGUGAAGGCCUCAGCAGCACACCUCUGCCCUAACUAGUUAAGUGCCCCCCACCCACUCCCCCCUUCUGGGAAUCCAAACCCAUGGAUAUGCUACUGUUAUUAUAUUCCAAAAACUUGCAUAAAUAGUGAAAUUGAAUUAGAAAAAUAAACAAAUAUAACUGGCACAACUUGUAAAAGAAGAAAAAGAAAAGAGAGAAAAAAGCCUUUAGAAGGCAAGAAGAUGUAUAGGUAGAGGCGCACACGUGCCAAAGGCUCGAACGGUCGGAGCAGUAUCCCGGUUUCCUUAGCAUGAAGCAUGCCUAGGAGUAUUGCUACUCCCCCCUAGACGGGAUGCUAGUCCGUUGCAGGUUUAUCCCCUAGCAGUAUGUCGCCGGUACCCAUUUAUACACCUGGGUGAAGAGAGACAAAAUGGAGUAAAGUUUCUU